AUGAACACUAAGGCCCUCCUCUUGCUCGGCGUGGUGGCUGUGGCUGCUGCAGAUAAGCUGCCGAACUACUCCUAUAACGCCCCACAGGGAUCUUUCGAGGAUUCAGUGGAGUAUGAUGAUGCCAAGUACGACUUCAACUGGGCUGUGAAGGACGACGACUCCGGCAACGACUUCGGCCACCAGGAGUCCCGCGACGGCGACAACACUCAGGGAUCGUACUACGUGCAGCUCCCCGACGGCCGCCUGCAGAAGGUGGCGUACUACGUGGACGGCGACAACGGAUACGUUGCCGACGUGACGUACGAGGGCGAGGCUCGUUAUGACUCGGUGGAGUCUCGCGAAUACAUUCCUCCCAGGCCCGUGUACUUCGCCCCCGAGUCCCAGGAGUCAGUUGAGACUCCCGUGUACAUCCCACCACGACCCUAG